AUCCAUUUAGUAUACUUCGUACUGUUACGUCCCUCGUUUUACGUCGUCUAUACACUCCUAAAAAAAAUUAAAAAUGAAGUUCUUCAUUACCAUUUUUAUGGUUUUCCAUAUAUCUUUCAUUGUGCUGCAAAUGAAGUCAACUGCAUCGCCUCUAGAUAACUACUCCGAUAAAGAUUCGUAUGAAGAAAAUGAAGUUGCACUAUUUACAGACAUUGAAGAUUACAUGAAUAAGGAUAUGGAAGACGAAGGAUUGGUAUUAGCUUUUCCUGAUAUACAAAAACGGAAACCGUCAACUCAUAAAAUAUUUCGUAGAUAUUGUGUACCAAGAGGAGGAAACUGCGAUCACAGACGCAAGUACUGCUGUAACAGUAGUUCAUGUCGUUGCAAUCUUUGGGGAGCGAAUUGCAAAUGUCAAAGAAUGGGAAUCUUUCAGAGGUGGGGAAAGUAAAUAAGUUAGAAUUCUUAUGAUUAAUUUAAAAAUUGUUUCGAGAUUAACUCAUUCUGCCAAAACAAAGAAUGUCUUUUUGCUUCGAUUUUAACGGUGUAAUAAAUACAUUAAUUAUAUUUGUUUGUCA